CCUCGCAUCAAAUAGUACUUACUACCCGCAGACGUACGAUGGCAACCUCGCAGGCAAAUUCCAGGACCAGGUCGUCGCACGGCGAACCGCCUCCGCCGCUGAACCAAGAGCUGAGCGUCGAUGAGAUCCUCGCGCCUGCCGGUGGCCGCAGCCGUGCGCUGCAGAUCAGUCUGCCGGGCGUGGAAUGCGGCCCUCGCUUCCGGUCACUUCGUCGCCGCGCACGCUGCCCGAGCAGCCGCCGCGCGCCACCCCGAGAUCGUCUUCUUCUCGCCGACAGAGAAGGGUGUCGCCACGUCCUUCUACGCUUGCUCGCUUCCCGAGGACGGAGACGCGCCGCCCGCCGCCGCCGCCCGCAAGCUGCUCAGCGUGGGCAACCUUGCCGGCGAGCACCUGGUGCUGACCGGCAAGCCGUGCCGUGGCCUGCUCGUCUUCGACGUCCGGUUGUCCGCGUACCACGUCUUGAACCUGUCCACCGGCGAGCAUGUAUCCCUGCUGCCGUGCGAGACGGCGGAGGAGAUAGCACCUAACAUUUGUACCUUUCCAGUCAAGCGGACGCCCUCCAUGCUGCUGCCGCUGCCCCGUGCUACCGCCUCCAUUGAACUGGUCGGCUCGCGCUCCAUCAGCUCCGUUGCCGCAGCCGCCGAGCACCACGCUGCAGUCUUGGAGAAGGGCCGCAACCGCCGAGCUCCGUUGCCACAGUCUUGGACAGGAAGUGGAUGGGGUGGAGGCGAGGAGAUGUGGAGGAGGGCCCGAGAAGUGAGCGCUUUGGCCGGAGAUGUGGAGGAGGGCGAGGAGAUGUGGCCUGUGCGCAGCGGCGGCGCCGCACACAGGAGGAGGGACAGGAAACGAGCGAUUCUAGGGAUAGCACCACCGGUGAUUCCAAAGCUGAUGCUGCUCAAACGGUUUCCUCUGGAGCUCUCCAGCACCGGCCUCGGCUUCGACCCGGCCACCGGCCAGCACAAGGUGGUCAGGCUCUUCAGGAACAUCUUCGGGCAGCAGAAGUGCGAGGUGUGCUCGCUUACGGCGUCCGGCGAGUGGCGGUGGCGGCGCUGCGCCGGCGGUGACGCGCCGCCAAGAUUCGCCUGCGCCGACGACGGCACCGCCAGCUGGGACCCGCAGCACGACGCGCCCAUCCUGUCGCUCUCCGUCGGCGCCGAUCGGUUCGGGUGGGUGCGCACGCCGCCGCGGCUGGCGUCACGCAGCCGGCACCUCACCAACCUCGACGGCUCCCUCUGCGCCGUCGUCCACGCCCGCCUCGUUUACGACGUGCUCCUGCUCAUCACGUGGAGUCCAUCGUCGCCGUCGUGGUCUGCGCGCUGCCGCAUCAACGUGGGCAGCCUGCCCCAGCCGAUCCGGGACGAGCUCAGCGGGGAGCGGGAGAUCGUCCCGCUGUGCAGUGUGAAGAAGAAGAUCCUGCUGGCGACGAGCCGGCACAAGGUGUACGCCUACGACACGGAGCAAGGCGCCGCCGAGGAGGUGUUCGACAUAAAUAGCUUUGUCGAUGUGCCGCCACACAACAGCGAGUCACGGCUGUUCGUCAACAUUGGCCUCCACGAGGAACACAUCGGCCCGAAGUUGGCGGGUGACAACUGGCUACAGGUGAAGCGGGGACGAGGCAUGGUGCUCGGCAAGCGGGAGCCGUCGUCGGCGUAUCAUCUGGAACAUCGGGAGCAGGACGAGGACUUUCACAGGAAGAGAGAAGUGGUCAUGCACCUUGCAUUUCCAUAG